GGCGGUCCGUCGUUUUCAUCACAGACAUGCAAGGACCAGCACCAGUACUUCAGCGACUCGGCUCACCAUAAUUAGGCGCAUCGGUAAAUGCCGAGUCGUCAUGUUCACGUUCCGUCAAGGUAUGGGGUUUUCAAGAGCCUCCCAAGUGGGUGACAUAUCCAGUCCAGUCACAUCUUGUCGAAGCAAGUUCAGCAAAUUCAUCCAUGGCUGCGCUACCCUACUGCCUAAUCGCGUAGAUCUCGUGCCCUUCUGGCUGCCUCAAAUGGACACGGAUAUCCUCAAGCCCAAUACUGGAUACCUCACAGUCGAGCGUCCGACAAGGAAUACUCCUGAUUUUCAGUCCGAUGAAGAGAUGGACUUGGCGCCUGCUAGAGACGAGUUUCGGCGCACGGGGCUGCCGCAUGAGGACGUUGCGGCUGCUAUCGCAUUUCGUGAAAAGUCUCUCAAGGAACGUGAACCUGCAUCUCAGUCCAGGGGAAGCAGCAGCACUCCUGAAGUGGUAUACGAUGAACGCACGCCGUUGUUGAAGCUGUCACAGCCUCCGAUGGCGGAGAGGAAUGUGUCGAUUGACCCGCUUGCGCCGUCUUCUGCGUUCGAUGAGCGUCUGCGUGAGCGUUUACAGGCGAACAAGAAUGUGCCGCCGCGUGUACAGGAUGGUGAGGUGCAGGAGGCUGUAGGUCGGGACGAGGAAAAUCUGCGAGAGGAUGAGCGUUUAUUAGUGAGGGAUUGGUGCGUGCCAUCUGGCAAGCGGAUUGCAGUGCCUGUUCGUAUCGAGCCCAAGGUAUAUUUCGCAAACGAGCGCACGUUCUUGAAAUGGCAGAGCUUUGCGGUGCUGAUCGGCACUAUCGCAACGACGUUAUUAAACUUCGUACCUGCAGAUGAUCCACGGGGCCUGAUUAGCGCUGCGCUAUUCACUCUGGCUGCACUGCUCGCGAUCGCCUAUUCAGCGAUCAUCUUCGUGUACCGAGCGCUUCGUCUGCGUGCACGAUCGGCGGAAGGGCUUUAUUGUGACAAGUACGGACCGACUAUUCUUUGCUUUGUGAUGUUGGCUGCGCUGGGGACCAACAUUGGGUUGAGGGUAGCGGAUAUGUGAUGACAUGAGGAUGAGCCUUGGACGCUGAUAACGGUUAUACAGCUGAUGCGAGGAACUCGUUUCCUCUUUAAGGUCUGUCCUACAAGAGCUUAGCCGCAAUGAACAAUUUUUGUUUCCAA